CUUCUGCCGUGCGUGAGCUAACUGUUUCCGGUCACGUGUGCCUUCUCUGCCGAGCUCCUUGGCCGCCCCAUGGCCCAGGAGGAGGCGGUGGCGGCGUUGCGAGCCCUUCAAGCCGGGAGCGAGGCGUCGUUGGCGCUCCGUGCUGUCCGCCUUUGGGAGUGAGGGCUUGAGGGCUUCAGUGUAUGCCGCCAGGAUCAGGAGGAGCGAGGAGUGAAAGUCCAGGGCCUCGGUAGUUACCCCUCACGGUAGGGGGCCUGACGGAUUCAACGGUUCCGGGUUCGGAGGCCCGUCUCACUAGUUUUUGCUUCUUCGGAAGCGGUCCUCUGUAGCCAUUAUGGCAACAUCAUCUGAAGAAGUGUUACUAAUAGUAAAGAAGGUGCGUCAAAAGAAGCAGGACGGAGCUCUUUACCUCAUGGCUGAAAGAAUAGCCUGGGCACCUGAGGGCAAAGACCGAUUCACAAUCAGCCAUAUGUACGCAGAUAUAAAAUGCCAGAAAAUCAGUCCUGAAGGAAAAGCUAAGAUUCAGCUUCAGUUGGUACUCCAUGCAGGGGACACAACCAACUUCCAUUUCUCUAAUGAGAGCACAGCAGUGAAAGAGAGAGAUGCAGUAAAGGAUCUCCUUCAGCAGUUACUGCCCAAGUUCAAGAGGAAAGCUAAUAAAGAACUUGAGGAAAAAAACAGAAUGCUGCAAGAAGAUCCUGUUUUGUUUCAACUUUAUAAAGACCUUGUUGUGAGUCAGGUGAUCAGUGCUGAGGAGUUCUGGGCCAAUCGUUUAAGCAUGAAUUCUGUGGACAGUUCUACUGCAUCUAAUAAGCAGGAUGUGGGCAUUUCUGCAGCUUUUCUGGCUGAUGUUCGACCUCAGACAGAUGGAUGCAAUGGUCUCAGAUACAAUUUGACUUCAGAUAUCAUUGAAUCAAUAUUUAGAACUUACCCUGCAGUAAAACUGAAAUACGCAGAAAAUGUUCCUCACAAUAUGACAGAGAAAGAAUUCUGGACACGAUUCUUCCAGUCUCACUAUUUCCACAGGGAUAGGCUGAAUGCAGGAUCAAAAGACCUUUUUGCAGAAUGUGCCAAAAUGGAUGAAAAGGGAUUAAAAACAAUGGUGUCUCAAGGUGUGAAAAAUCCUUUCUUAGAUUUAACAGCCUUGGAAGAUAAAACGUUGGAGGAAGGUUAUGGUGUUUCCUUGGCGGCUUCCACAUCCAACGCUACAAAAUCAAUAAAAGAGAGUAGCAAUGCUGCCAUUAUAAAACGGUUUAACCAUCACAGUGCCAUGGUCCUUGCAGCUGGGCUUAGAAAACAAGACACACAGAAUGACCACUACAAUGAGGCCAGCAGUAUGGAUGGAAAUUCCAGAGAUUCAGAUUUCUUUCAGCCACCGGUAAAAAAGGUAAAGCUGCAAGAGUCCAUUGAAUAUGAAGAUUUAGAAAACAACAACAGCGUUAGAACUAUUGCACUAAACCUAAAGAAAUCAGAUAGGUAUUAUCAUGGUCCAACACCAAUUCAAUCACAGCAAUAUGCAACUAGCCAAGAUAUUAUUAAUUCUUUGUAUAGUAUUAGAGAAGAAAUGGACACUUAUGUACCCAAACUAACUCAGGUUAUCUCAAGUGGUGCUGCAAGUAGUACAAUCGCAGCUCUGUCACCUGGAGGAGCACUUAUGCAGGGUGGAACACAGCAAGCCAUAAAUCAGAUGGUGCCAAAUGAUGUUCAGGCUGAGCUGAAACACUUGUAUGUGGCACUAGGAGAGCUGUUACGACAUUUUUGGUCCUGCUUUCCGGUUAACACACCAUUCCUAGAAGAGAAGGUUGUGAAAAUGAGGAGUAAUCUGGAAAGAUUUCAAGUCACUAAACUGUGUCCAUUCCAAGACAAAAUUCGAAGACAGUAUUUAAGCAUAAAUCUGAUAAAUCACAUAGAAGAAAUGUUGCAAACAGCCUACAAUAAAUUCCACACAUGGCAGUCUCGGCGUAUGUUGAAGAAAACGUGAAGACCCAGUGAUGCCAGAUUUUUUGAGUGGGAAGCAUUUGCAAUAGCUGUAGGAAUGCAGCUACCCAGUGGGGUAUAUCUUACAGACAAUGCUGGAAAGUCAGCAUCAUACGGACUCCUGAAAACGAUUCUAACUGAACUUGCACACUUUCUGGAAAGAAACAAGAGGUCAAACUUGAAAACUAGGAAGUUAAAAGGAACCAAACCGGAAGAGCUAAGUGGCAAAUAUCUAUAUAAAUGUAAAGACACUGUUUACUGCAGUUACUCAGGAACUGCUUUUGAUUUUCAUAAAGAGCUGCUUUCAGAAAUAAAAACUUUAAAAGGGGUGUAUUAAUAAAUCCAAGAUUGUUUGUCUAGUUUUUUAAAAGUGUAUGAUACAGGGUAGAACCUAAACAGUUAUUUCUUCACUGUAUCCUGGCAUUAUAUUGAAUUCUGUUUGUAUUUCUAGAAACAGGUUUAACAUUUUAAAUAUUACUGAGAAACUUUUUUGCCUCAAAUUCCUAAGCAGCUUAGAUGCUAAAAUAAAAAAGUUUUGGGUUUUUUUGCCAUGUUUUGCUACAAAUCAACAGCCAAUGCACUGAAGAAGUUUGGUGUUUAAAGGAGGUACCUUUGGCAGAAAGAGUGCAAAGUUUUAUGCAGGAUUUUUACCAGCCAUCGUUUACAUGUUUUCUUUUUACCGCUAGAGUGUGCUGCUGCAGUUUUUUAAAGUCUGACUUUUUUUUUGGAGGUGAAACAAAAUCAUUUUUAAAGUGAGUUUAAGAAGCUUACAGAAGUAAUAACUUUUUAUACUAUUGAGGAAAGAAACAAUCUUACAUGUGCUUUUUUCAGUUCUCUCCUGAUGACUGUUAGCGCUGUAUCUGGCGACUAGAUAAUCAUUGAAGAGUGAAAAUACGAUAUCUUUAGCUAUAUGUGGAAUCUGUUCCAUAUUAUGGUCCAAACAGGAAGCAUUUCACUCUUACCUAAGAUGUACCUGCCAUGUAUUAAAUACUUGACUUAUAAAAACAAAAAGUAAACUUGUUUUAUAUAGUCCAUGGAGUCAGACUCCUUAUAUUUUGUUGUCUUAAUGUCUUCCUCAUUAGAAGUCUAUUCUAGGACCAAGCAAAUGGCUUUAUGGCUUUGAUUGUGUGUGUGAUGAGAUCUAUUGAGAUAUUUUAGAAACCAGUGGUUUAUGACCCCAUAAACCAUUAUUUUUUAGUGGCAACUGUUGGAAUUCAUUGGUAAGUUAGAAACUUUAUCCUAUUUUCAGAACAGUUCAUGCCCAGAAAGAAUUAUUAGUAUUACUGAUUUACAGUGUAUUGGCAUGAAGGAUCGCUUCCCACCUUGAGCCAGGUCUAUGAACUAGCAGUUGGAGAACCACAAGAAUUUCUCCUCAUGCAAGAGUAUGUGCUUCUUUACAUGCUCACACAGUGUUCUCCGGUGAAUUGAUAUUCUGCAACAACCCAAACUUGAUAAGCAGACCACUGUAUCUAUACUGAAAUACUAUGAAGUAGAUGUAAGGCAUUAUCCUUAAACUUGCCACUGCUUGCCUUUUCAGAGGGGCUGCAUGUUAUGUGUUGCAAAAUGAUUCUGCUUCUAAACGAAAAGGGGCUUUCUCUUUGAUCGGACGCGGCGAAAUGUGAAAAGCUGGAAUUAAUCAUGAAUAAUAAAAGCUGUUGCUGCUGUGGUAAUGUCAACUUACUGAAACAUGGCUCUGGUAAUACGUCACUGUGUCUUUUGGGUGAGCCCCUCAAGCAAGCGUAAUUCUGAUGACCUUGUCGGCAGUGUACCAAUGACACAUACAUAUCUUCAAGUAUCAUCUGUGCAACAAAGAGCGUACUACAGCUGCCAGGCUGAAACAGCUUUUUGCAUUGAGAAAUGCUUUGGUCAGGCUCAAGCGCAGGAUUCAUGUGCACACAUUCUACUUGAUCAUGUUGCUGUGAAGGUAUACAUUUGCACUGAUAUUUCUGAGCAAUAAUUAGCUGAUACAGACCAUAAAGGUGGGCUUCAUCAAAACUUAUUCAGGCAGAUAACCAGAUUAAUGGUCAUUUAACAAAAUAUUUUUUCUGUCUUCUCUUCCUGGGAUUUUAAAAUUUCCAUAGUUAUGUCAGGCUUUGGGACAAAAAAGUCUGUAAUUGCAGAAAUAUCCCCAAAUAGAGGAUUUAAACACCGUGAAUGGUUUUUUCAAUUCUUUGACUUGAGAAGUACCAUGAGACUCUCCUACCAGAAGAUGGCAAUAGCACUAUCAUGCCUACAUCAUGCCUACUUUCCUUACAUAGCUCUUUUGUGCUCCUGCUGUUUGACCUUUGUUGAUUCCAGUACUACUUAAGCAUGGUCCAAAACAGAUGAGUGGCAUUAACUGUGAAUUGAUGUUUUGCUACCAUGCAGUUAUUGGAAUCUGAAGAUAGAACUUGUAUUUAAUGGAAACUCAUGCAACUUGUAUCACUGGCAUUGAUCCAAAAUUGUAGAAUAAAUCUGAAUUCUGUA